CAGGCUGGGCUGGGCUGGGCUGGGCUGGGCUGGACUGGGCUGGGCUGGGCAAGUGCGAGUCCGGCACCGCAUCUGGAAGUGGAAAUCCGAGGGAACACUAAUGCAACAGAACCAGCGGAGCACAGCGAGCCCUCUGCGUCCUGGAGAGAGCAGCCCACGAGACUAGCCAGGGCAGGGAGAGAGAGCAGCACCCUGCUGCAAAAACAGUCACGCACGCGAACACACACGCGAACACACACACACACACACACACACACACACACACACAGACAGAGGAAAUGGCUGUUAGAAGAACACUGCCCGUCCUAUGUCUCCUCUCCAUCCUCUCAGGAAGUGUACGGCAUGUUUUCUCGGAUCAACCGAACACAGUGGUCAAAGUGUGUGCCAGGGGACUAUUCCUAAGCGAGCGGGGUGAGUGCUUGCGAUGCAACUGCAGAGGCCAUGCAGACAGCUGUGAAGACAUCACUGGAAUCUGCAUUUCCUGUAAAGACAACUCCACUGGUAAUUUCUGUGAAAGCUGUCAGGAUGGGUUCACACCAGAGAUCACACCCGAUCGUCGUCAUUUGUGCCGUCCCUGUGCCUGCCCACUACCAAUCCCCUCCAACAACUUCGCAGAGUACUGUGACCAGAGGGGGAGUGUGGUGCGCUGCGUGUGCCAACCAGGCUAUGCUGGACACAGCUGUGAGAGAUGUGCCCCAGGUUACUAUGGGAACCCUAUGAGGAAGGGAGACUCGUGCCAGAAGUGCGACUGCAAUGGAAACUCUGAUCCCAACCUGAUCUUCAAUGAAUGCAACAACGUCACAGGCCAGUGUCUAAACUGCUGGGGCAACACGGCGGGUGCCAACUGCGAGAGGUGUGCGCCCGGCUUCUACGGGGACGCCGUCAGUGCCAAGAACUGCAGGGAGUGUCAGUGUGACAAGUGUGGCACGGCCUCCUGUGAUGACCGCACUGGCGUGUGCCACUGCAGGCCUGGGGUCACUGGCAGGCUGUGUGACCAGUGUGAGGAGGGCUACUCGGGGUUCUCCAGCUGUCUUGGCUGCCGGCGGUGUGAGUGCGCUGCCGCUGCGCUCAAGACCACUUGCCACCCUCUCACCCACAGCUGUAAAUGCCGCCCUGGAGCUGGAGGCCGAUACUGUGAACGCUGCCUGCCAGGCCACUGGGACUACAGCCCCUCAGGCUGCAAGACAUGUGACUGCACCAGUGGACAUUGCGACAUGCACACAGGAGAGUGUCUGCCUGAAGCUUCCCAGGUCAGCGAGUGCAACAUAGACUGCGAUGAGUGCAUCUGGCACCUGAUUGGAGACAUCCGGCAGUCCAACAAGACCCUGGAUCAGCUGAAGGUCAGUGUGCUGAACAUCUCCAGUGGGGCUGCAGCCAACGACCGCAUCAAGUACUACAACUACACAGCCCAGCGCCUACAGGCCCAGUUGGUUGGCUGGAGAAACAAGUCAGCCCUCAUGAGAUCACAGACUGAUGAGCUGGAGGAGGCCACAACUGACCUGAUCGCAGACGCACUCAUUUUUUCAGAGAAAGGGAGCUCCGUCAUGGCCCUGGGGGAGCGUGUGGAGGAGGCCACCCAGAGCAGCUUCAUCCUGGCAGACGAGCUGACCACUAAUCUCACCGCACUCAACGUGCUAAUAGAAGGGAUGAUCAGCGACUGGGAGCAGUACAGGGAGCAGCAGGAGGUGGACCCUGAGACAGCCAAGCAGAACACUGCUCAUGCGGAGAGGAUGGUCAGCAGGAUGAGGACCGUUGACCUGUCCACGAGGGAGCCCAUAGCCACGGAUGAAGCAACCGAAGCCCAUGAAUUGCUCCGGCGUGUCCGGCAGCUGGAGAAGCGGCUGAUCUCCACCGAGGGCCGUGUCUCCCCCGUGAGGGAGGUGGUCUCGCGCUUCAGCUCCAGACUUUCCCAGGCUGGGGAGCUGCUGGUGAAGGCUCAGACCACUAACACACAGACCAAGCAGAGGCACGAGGCCAACAUCCUUAAACUCCAGAGGAACAAGGCCCAGCAGCAUAGGCUGAUGGAGAACAAUGAGGCCGUGAACGACACCCUCAGCAUGGCAGCAGACAUCAUCAGUGACACAGAGCUGGGGUUGGCUGAUCUGGAGACCAUGGUGAAGAAUGUUAGUCAGCAUCAUGCCGCCAUUGACGGGGCCAGCAAACUGCUCAUAGACAAGACAGAGAGCCUGUCUCUGGCUGACAGGGAGCUGGUCCAGAAAGCCACAGAGUACGCUGAGGACCUGGAGAAGCAAGCUGAGCAGCUGGAGCGUAAUCUCAAAGGAAGUGAUGUUAAUGGGAUUGUCCAGAAAGCUAUAGAUGCAUCCAAUGUACAUGACAACAUCAUCAAGUACGUUGACGACGCAAAUAUAACAGGACUGACCACCCUGGACUUGGCUACACGAGCUGAAGAUGCGAUUGAGGGGAUCGGUACCCAGCUUGACUUUCUGAAGACACAGAGUGACCUGUACUUUAGGGAUUCUGUCUCCCUGCGCUCUGAAGAAUAUGAGGUGAGAAACUUGGUCCGAGACACACUGACUUACAUCGAAGAGACAAAUGAAACCCUGACUGAUUCAAACAAGAAGCUUGUUGUUAUACUGAAUGACCUCAGUGCAUUGCAAAAAGACCGCACGAGCACACGGUUGGAGUUUUCCCAGGAGGUGGCUGAGGGCACCCUGAACCGCUCAGCAGAGGUCCUGCAGACCAUCAGCCCCAUCAGUCAGAAGGUGCAGGAAUGGUCCAACAACCUGAACAACAAUGAGUACUCAACAGAAGCCUUUGACCGUGCGGUAGUCUCUGCUGGAGAAGCAGUGGAUAACCUGUCCGAGAUUGUUCCUAAACUUCUGGAUAAGCUUCGUGUGGUGGAGGAGAAGAAACCUGUCAAUAAUGUCUCAACCAACAUUCUGAAGAUCAGAGAGCUUAUCGCCCAGGCCAGGAGUGUGGCCAAGAAGGUGCAAAUCUCCAUGAAGUUCAAUGGCCAGUCUUCUGUGGAGGUGCAGCCUCAUCCGAAUGUGGAGGAGCUGAAGGCCGUGACGACCAUCAGCCUGUUCAUGCGGGUGGACCCCGACAAGGACCCCAUCGAGGACCGCUUCAUCCUUUAUCUUGGAGACAAAAAUGGGCAGAAGGACUACAUGGGUCUGGCCAUCAAGAAUGACAAUCUUGUGUAUGUCUACAAUCUGGGCGGGGAAGAUGUGGAGAUUCCACUGAGCUCCAAGCCUGUCAGCUCUUGGCCUCCAGUGUUCAACCUCAUCAGAAUGGAGAGGCUGGGUCGCCAUGGGAAGAUCUUCUUGACUGUGCCCAGUCAGAGCACCACAGCUGAGCAGAAGUUCAUCCAAAAGGGUGUGGCUGACGGGCCGGACUCCCUGUUUGACCUGGACCCGGCAGACACUGUGUUCUUUGUAGGAGGCGUCCCUCCUAGCGUCAAGCUCCCUCCACCACUAAGCCUUGCACCAUUUGUGGGAUGUCUAGAAUUGGCCUCUUUGAAUAAUGAUGUCAUAAGUCUAUACAACUUUAAAGAACUACAUAAAAUGGAUGUGGUGGCUUCACAACCUUGUGCCAGGAAUAAACUGGCGUUCUCUCAGAGUCGAGUGGCCAGCUAUCUGUUCGAUGGCACUGGCUAUGCCCUUGUCAGUAAUAUUGAGAGGAGGGGUCGGAUUGGCGUCGUCACCAGGUUUGAUGUUGAAGUCCGAACUGUAGCUAACGACGGUAUCCUGCUUCUGAUGGUCAAUGGGUCAAAUUACUUCUUGCUGGGACUGAAAGAUGGGUACCUACAGCUCAAAUAUGAUUUCAACUUUGCCGGAGGACCAAUUGUCAUGGAUAGCAAGUUACCUAAACUGCAGAUCAACGAUGCACGGAACCAUGAGGUGUCUGUAAUCUACCACCACUCCAAAAAGAUCAUUCUGUUGGUAGACAGGAGUCAUGUGAAAUCCAUCGAGAAUGAGAAAAAAGCCUUGCCCUUCUCCCAUAUCCACAUAGGAGGCGCUCCCUCCAGCAUUCUCAACUCCAGGUCAGAGCUCUCCUCUUUGCUAGGACUGAGAGGCUGUGUCAGAGGCUUUCAGUUCCAGAAGAAGGAUUUCAACCUUCUCGAGGAACCCGGAACCAUUGGCAUCAGUAGUGGGUGCCCAGAAGAGUCCUUUAUGUCCCGUCAAGCAUACUUCAGUGGAGAGGGAUACCUGGGAUCCACAGCCAAGAUUACGCCUUUCGAGGCUUUUGAAGGGGGUUUCAACUUCAGAACACAGCAAUCUGCUGGUCUACUGUUUUACCAUAAUGAUGGGACUGAUGAGUUCUCCAUCUCACUGGAGAAUGGAGGAGUAGUGAUGAAUUCUAAAGGGACCAAAGUGAAAUCACACAAGAAAAACUACAACGAUGGGAGGCAACAUUUCCUUGUGGCCUCUGUGACUAAUAAAAAGUACGAGCUUGUUGUUGAUGACAAAGACAAACAAGAGAAGAAACAUUCACCAAGCUCAGCCUCAUCCUCCGCUGCCACAGAGAAGCUCUUCUACUUUGGGGGAUCUCCUGCAAGCAAAACUGUGAACUUCACCGGCUGCAUCAGCUAUGCAUACCUAACCAGGCAUGACCGGGACAUUGAGGCCGAGGACUUCCAGAAGUACUCUGAUAAAGUCCAAACCUCCCUGCAAGACUGCCCCAUGGAGAAACCCCCUGCUGCUCUGCACCAGAAACCAGACAAAAACUCCCCCAAACCCAAACAGGGACCGUCCCGCAAGGUUGGCAGAGAUAAGUCCAGCCUGCCUCAGGGUCUCCUGGGAUUGAAGAGUGAGCCCCUGGAGGCUCCGGAGACAGAGAGUGCACCCUGUUUCCUAUCCCAGAAGCCUCGGGCCACGCGCAAUGCCAACCACUAUGGGGGCACGGCAAACAGCCGUCAGGAGUACAACAUUUCCGAGUCCAUCAAUGAGAGGUCUCACUUCUCUCUGUCUGUAAAGACUCAGUCCAACUUUGGUUUAAUCUUCUACGUGUCAGAUGAGACAGAAGACAACUUCAUGGCACUCUUCAUGGCCCAGGGCAAGCUAAUGUACACCUUCAACAUUGGCCAGGACAAAGUCAGGAUCAAAACCCAGGAGAAAUACAACGACGGAGCUUGGCACAAUGUCAUUUUCAUCCGAGAUGGGAACACAGGCAGAUUGAUAGUAGAUGGUCUGACUGUCAUUGAUGACCGAGUCACAGGCACCAACGCCUCAUGGCACGUCAGCCGCUCUGUGUAUGUGGGAGGGGUACCUCCAGGAAAAGCCCAGACCAAUAUACAGAGGAACUCUGCAAACAGCUUCACUGGCUGCGUGAGGAACCUUCAGCUGAAUGGUCGGAGGUUGUCCUCGGCGUCCCGGAGCUUUGGGGUGCUUCCGUGUUUUGAGGGGCCAUCUGAGCCAGGGGCUUACUUCUCGGAGGAGGGUGGAUAUGUUGUUCUGGAUGAUUCCUUCAGUCUGGGCCUGAAGUUUGAACUGGUGGUGGAGGUGCGCCCCCGUGUGGCCACAGGUGUGCUACUGCAUGCUUACACAUCCAAGGAGGAGUACCUCACUGUGUAUGUUCAUAACAACCAGGUCGUGGUCUUGGUAAACAAUGGCAUCCGCGAGUUCUCCACUGUUGUAACUCCCAUGCUGGGAAUGUGUGAUGGCAACUGGCACAGAAUCACAGUCAUUCGAGAUGCCAGUGUUGUCCAGCUGGAUGUAGACUCUGAGGCCAAUCAUGUGGUUGGACCCCUCAACUCUGGAGCCCACAUCUCCAGGACUCCUGUGUUUGUUGGAGGAGCUCCAGCAUCUCUGCUCCCACCAAGCGUUGCAGCCAGGAGAUCUUACACAGGCUGCAUUAGGAACCUGACCGUGAACGAGACUCCUGUCAGCUUCCGCAAAGCAGCUCUGGUCAGUGGAGCAGUUGGUGUUGACUCCUGUCCUGCAGCUUAGCGACAACAACUUCACAACCAUGACAACCAUCCCAUGCCAUGACAACCAGACCAAACACAUGUCCACAAGCUAUCCUGUUCAAAAGAUGUUUUGUAUUAAAUUGUAUUCUUAUUCUGGUGUCCUAAUGGGAGUGUCUGUUUUGUUGUCAGUAUGUUGCAUAAAACACUUUUGUCCAAAAUCAUCUUGCGCUUGUGAGUCACUGAGUUCAGAAAACUAUAAACAGAAAUAUUUUUCACUACUGAAAAUACCACAACUGAUAUGACAAUCAAAGUUUCAUGAUCACAGCUCAAGAAGCAACACACUAACCAGAUUGUUUUCUAUUAUUUCCCACUCCUAUCUAAUAGCAUAUUAAUGCUGCAUAUCAUUUAAUGUUAUUAACACACUUUGUCCUUUGGAAGUAUACUUUUUUCAAUGGAAAUUUGGUUCUACUUCAAUAAAUCCUGCCCAUAUAGCC